CUCGGCCAAACACUUCGUCGGCAACGUCUCCCUUCUUGCUUGACGGCAGCUAGGCUGCCGCUGCUAUGUUACAGUGGCGACGAGCCAGGAAGGCACCCACGCAGUCAAGGAAGAACCCAACGCUAGGCAUUCAGAGACAGCCGUGCCGCUGACCACGAUGGCCUCCUACAUGCUUCCGAACUUCGACGACCUCACAGAUAAGUGGAAGCCUUACCUCAUCAAAGUGGAGGCGUAUUUUGAAGCUAAUGCUAUUUCGGAUUCUACUAAGAAGAGGGCACUUCUAGUGGCUGCACUUAGCACGUCGACGGUCCAAAUCCUAAUGGGAAGGAUAGCACCUGCAAAGCCCAAUGCCUUAAGUUAUGACGAGGUAGUCAAGGUCUUAAAUGACCACUAUGACCCAAAGCGCAACGAAAUCGCUGAAAGUUUCCAGUUUUUCAACCGGUGUCAGCAUGAGAACGAAUCUAUUCAGGAUUUUGUCGUUGCAAUCCGGCGCAUAGCAGACAAUUGCAAUUUUGGAGACUCGCUGACCAGGCUACUUCGAGACAGAAUUGUCUGCGGUGUGCGCUCAAGUGCUGUUCAGAAGCAACUGCUGGCAAAGAAUGAUUUAACACUGGAGGAAGCGGAGUCUAUAGCUAUAGCUGCUGAAACUGCCGAAAAAGACGCCAGGACAAUGUCAGUAGAAGUACCGCCUGUACUUAAAGUGGAAGCACAUCGCAAGCUACCAUCGAGAUCAAGCGUGGGAAGCGCAGAAAAAUUGGAGUGCGGAAGGUGUGGCAGUUCUAGACAUGAUAGCAGCAGCUGCAGAUGGACUAAAGCCCGGUGUUACUCUUGCGGUCAGAGGGGCCAUCUAGCAAAAAUGUGUCACAACCGCAAUGGUAACGAUGUUCCCAGCAAUCGGCGAGUCCCUCACGCGAAAGCUUUGGUGGUGGAAGACGCUGCUUUAGAAGAGGACAGCAGCGAUAGUGUGCAGAUCUGGACGUUGGCGUCAGCACGAAAGAACUCUCUUGAGCCGCCAAUUCGACGAACGUUUAGUUGGGGAGGCGUGGAUUUACCCAUGGAAGUAGAUACGGGUUCCCCGGUGUGCGUAAUAUCGCGACAGCUUUUUGACAAACAUCGCAAAUGCUGGCCAAGCUUGAAGCCUUCGCAUGUGAAGCUGUCCUGCUACAAUGGAAGAUUGCCGGUGAUGGGCGAGCUUCAACUUCGUGUAAAAUACCGUGAUAUUUCUGUUGACUGUUCCCUUGUGGUUCUAGACUGCCCCGGACCAAGCUUGUGCGGACGAGACCUGCUAAUCCUCCUGGAACAAGCGGGCGUACCGGUACUACGAGUCACGUGCGAAGGCGAGGCGACGGAGAGUCAAGUGAACUGCCACAACAUCAAUGCCAUUCGCGACACCUACCAGGACGUUUUUUCGGAAACCUUGGGGUUGAUCAAGGGACCACCAGCCAGCCUCCUGCUGAAGGGCGAUGCUGUUCCCAAAUUCUGUCGAGAGUUCAUCCUGGUUACCGACCACCAGCCACUUUUAGGACUGCUGAGGCCCGACCGCCAGACGCCUGCCAUGGCCGCAGCUCGCAUCCAACGCUGGGCCCUCUACCUGGGAGGCUACCGUUACAAGCUCGAAUAUGCUCCAGGACGGCUGCUAUUGAAUGCGGAUGCACUGAGCAGACUACCGUUGCGGUGCCCCAAUUCCGUUACGGAACCUGACCCUGAAGAGUACGUACUUUCUUUAGAAAGCCUGGAUGAAGGGAUAGUCACAACACGCGAGCUGAAGGAGCUGACCGCCAAUGACCCAACCUUAGGUCGCGUAAAGCAAAACGUGUUGCACGGGUGGCCGAAAGGCGUAGAACGGCUUGACCCUUCCUUGGCUCCCUUUGCUGAUCGCAAGUUGGAGCUAUCUCUAGCACACGACCUCGUCUAUUGGGGACAUCGUGUUGUCAUACCUGUUGCAGCACGGAAGCGCUUGUUACAAUUAUUACAUGAAACGCAUCAGGGGUCCUCGGCAAUGAAAACAGUUGCGCGGUCCUUGUUUUGGUGGCCAGGAAUAGACCGCGAAAUAGAGUUAACGGCAGCGCAAUGCAAGAAUUGCAUUGACAAUUUGCCUAUGCCGCCGGCCGCUCCGCCGUUAAACUGGCCACAAACGCAGGAGAGAUGGUCGCGGGUUCACGUCGACUUUGCGGGGCCAAUACAAGGUAAAAUGGUUCUUGUAGUUGUGGAUUCCCACACUAAGUGGAUAGAAGCGGUGCCACUGAACCAGGCCACUUCGGCAACCACCAUUGAUUGCCUGCGGGAUAUAUUUAGCCAUUUCGGCGUACCAAGAACCCUCGUAUCCGACAAUGGAACGCAGUUCACUAGCCAGGAAUUUGCAACGUUUGCUAACAAGAACAACAUUACGCACCUAAGAACCGCCCCCUAUCACCCGCAGUCAAACGGAGCAGCGGAGAGGGCAGUCAGGACAAUCAAGGACGGUCUCCGGAAGAUGAGAGGCGGAAAGCUGGAACAUAACCUUGUGCGUUUGCUGCUUAAUUACAGGAGGACUCCCCAGAAAACCGGAAAGUCGCCAUCGGAAAUGCUGUUGGGGUACCAGAUACGAUCGCGCCUGGACGCCUGUUUCCCGGCGUCGACUGUGACUAAUUCUAAAGGCAACGACGAGUGGUUGCCUCCAAUUGACUGCGGUGUACAUGUCCGCAACUACGGGUCAAAUGGUAAAUGGAUACCAGGACGGGUAACAGCGACAGCGGGAGGACGGAUGGUCACAGUGGAGACUCCUCAAGCAAUCGUGCGGCGUCACAUCGAUCAAGUGCGUGCCCGUACUGGAUCUUCUCAAGAUGAACCACCGGGCACCGACCCAGACACGUUCAGCAGUGACAUUACACCGAGCGCACCGCCAUUCUGCCAACAGCCAUCCGCAAGCCCCGACGAGGCGAGGGAAUCUUCACCCCCAGAAGCGUUUCCAGACGUGGCCCACCAGGGACCUCUUCCAAGACUCGUGGCAUCCGGGGCCGACGAACUAACCACACAACCUCUUCGACGCUCCACAAGAUCACGCAAGCCAGUGCAGCGUUUUUAAGAGGGAAGAAGUGUUGUAAAUGCGGUAUCAAACCACCGCGUCAUGUGCGCGCUGUGAAUGCGCAUGCGCGACGUUGUUUUCUCUGUUCACUCGACAGAUGCCCCCCU